UAAAAAGGCCUUAAAUAUAAAAUUGGAGGAGAAAUUUGGGUUACUGGAACAAUCUCUGUAAUUCGCGGUUUCUGGGUUCAGUUUCUCUCGUCUCUCACCCUCUAACAAUGGUGCGAAUCGGUGAUUACGCAGAAGCAGCAAUGGUAGUAUCAGAAGACGAAGAAGAAGAACAAAUAAGAAGAAGAAGAAGCGAAGUAUUCGAACAACUAAAACCUUACUGCUUAGAGCUUCUGGAGCUUCACCAAAACCCAAAAAAGCAUUCCUCUGCACUCCCUUCUCUGCUUCAGCUCCUUCGUCAAUCUCCUCCUCAUACUCUCCAACCCUUUUUCGACUAUACAUUGUUCCCGUUAUUGCUUAUAUUAGAUGCCACAGUUGAAUGUAGAACCCCGGAGAAAGUUGAUUCUGAAGGGAACGUGGAGAUGACUAAUGCUCUAAAAAAGCCUCAUAAAGUGAGUGACAAAGUGGCAGAAGGCAUGCUUCAGUGUUUGGAGGAACUUUUGGGAAAGUGUCAUUUAGGAUCUGUGGAACAGAUGGUUGUAGUCCUUAAAAAAUUGACUUCUGGGGCUUUGCUUUCUCCAUCUGAUGCCUCAGAAGAAUUUCGUGAAGGAAUUAUUAAAUGUUUCAGGGCACUGCUUUUGAGUUUACAUCCAUGCUCUGAUAAGUCGUGUUCUUGUAAACAAACCUUUUGUUUUCAAACCGUUUUAGACGAUGUAGAUCUUAAAACUCUGCUGGGUAGAUCAUCAAAGCAUGAUUCAGAACCAGAGGAAUGUUUACUUGCAUUUCUCCGGUCCCAAAAUGCAUCAGCUGCCGUUGGGCAUUGGCUGUCUCUUCUUCUCAAAGCUGCAGACACUGAGGCUGCACGAGGACAUCGAGGCAGUGCAAAGCUUCGUGUUGAAGCCUUUUUGACACUACGUGCGCUUUUUGCCAAGGUUGGUACACCUGAUGCAUUAGCUUUCUUUUUACCUGGUGUUGUUAGUCAAAUCGCCAAAGUUUUGCAUGCUUCAAAAGGGAUGACCAGUGGGGCUGCUGGAAGUGCUGAAGCAAUUGAUCAAGCACUUCGAGGAUUGGCUGAGUUCCUUGUGAUAGUUCUGCAGGAUGAUGCUAAUAUGUCCAGCCUGGAUAUGUCCGUAGAUGUUAAAACUGUCAUUAGUUCAAACAAUAAUAUGUCCACACAAUCUUUUAUGGAGAAGCUCCGUUGCUUGCCAGUUAAAGCUCAGGGUCAUAGAGAAGUUGUUGCAGGAGAUUCAAAUGCUCAAAGGGUAAAAGCAACUACGCCUGAAUUCAAAUUCGAGAAGAAAAUGAAUUCGGGCAAGGACAUUGGAUCUUUUCGUGUUAAUCGUACAAAAGAUUGGAUUGAGAAAACUUCAGUUCACGUGGAUAAAUUAUUGGGUGCAACUUUUCCAAAUAUUUGCAUUCAUCCUGUGAAAAAGGUCAGAAAAGGGCUUGUUGCAGCCAUACUAGGACUUUUGUCAAACUGCAGCUACACACUGAAGCAGAGCAGAUUGAUGCUUCUGGAGACUUUGUGUGUUUUGGUUGUUGAUGACUCCGAAGAGGUAUCUGCAGCUGCACAAGAGUUCCUUGAAUAUUCCUUUUCAAGUGGAAAACAUCAAUUGGAACAUGAUCUUGCUGAGAUUUUUCACAGGCUCAUCGAUAAGCUUCCAAAAGUGGUGCUUGGAAGUGAGGACGUUCUUGCAAUUUCGCAUGCUCGGCAGUUACUUGUUAUAAUUUAUUACUCUGGUCCUCAGUUUGUCGUGGAGCAACUCCUCCAGUCCCCUGUAGCGGCAGCUCGUUUCUUGGACGUUUUUGCCCUAUGUUUGAGUCAGAAUUCAGUUUUUGCUGGUUCUCUUGACAAGCUUGUCACUGCAAGGCCAUCAUCAGUUGGAUAUCUUGAUUCUGUUGCUGAGCUAAAAGCUGGAGAUAAUUUCACCAAUGAUAUCCUGACUGUCUGGACUACUGCUCCUAAAAGUUCAAAGGUUGUCGCCAUUCAGGAAAAAGAUAUAUCAUAUCCAGAGCAAAAUGUGCAGAAGAGUUAUGAGCUUCCACGGAUGCCUCCUUGGUUUGUUUACAUUGGUGGCCAAAAGCUAUACCAAUCUCUUUCAGGAAUUCUUAGACUUGUAGGUUUAUCUUUAAUGGCAGACAUUAGAGGUGGAGUGCAUUUAUCACUUGUUACUGAAAUUCCUCUGGGUUACUUGCGCAAGUUGGUCUCUGAGGUUCGCCUGAAGGAAUUUAAUAAAGAGAGUUGGCACACUUGGUAUGAUAGAACCGGUUCAGGACAGUUACUACGCCAGGCUAGCACUGCAGCAUGUAUUCUAAAUGAGUUGAUAUUUGGUAUAUCUGAGCAGUCAAUCAAUUUUUUCACAAGGAUGUUUCAGAAAUCCAGGAUAAUGAAGAAAGAAGGUCAAGAGUUUGGUGAAGGGUUUUCUGAUGAUCAGCUUCAUAUGAUCAAAUGUCAAAUGCUUUCUGAAUCUACUUGGAAGGUUUCUCAGGAAAAGGGUGCAAGGAGUCACUUGAUCGAUUGCAUUGGUAGAAUCUUGCAUGAGUAUCUAUGUCCUGAAUUAUGGGAUCUUCCAAUAGAAUGCAACUCUUCCCUUGUAGAUCCUGAUCGGGAAGAUGAAGAUAUUAGUCUAUACUUCUUUCGUGACACAGCUAUGCUACAGCAGGUUAUUAUUGAAGGAAUAGGCAUCAUUAGUAUCUGCCUUGGGAAAGACUUUUCUUCAUGUGGAUUUCUUCAUUCCUCUCUCUAUCUGUUGCUAGAGAAUCUCAUUUCUUGGGAUUACAAUGUUAGAAGUGCUUCUGAUGCUGUACUACAUAUACUUGCUGUUACAUCAGGCUAUCCAACAGUUGGGUGCCUUGUAAUGGAAAAUGCAGAUUAUGUGAUUGAUUCAAUAUGUCGGCAGCUGCGUCACCUGGAUCUUAAUCCUCAUGUGCCUAAUGUGCUUGCUGCUAUGCUUUCCUAUCUUGGAGUAACUACGAAGAUAUUGCCUCUAUUGGAGGAGCCGAUGCGCUCUGUUUCACUGGAACUUGAAAUUCUUGGCAGGCAUCAGCACCCUGAAUUAACUGUUCCUUUUCUAAAGGCUGUUGCAGAGAUUGCCAAAGCAUCAAAGCAUGAGGCUUGUUCAUUACCCGCACAAGCAUACUCUUAUUGUGUGCAUGUUAAAUCUGUAAUUUCUGAUGCUGAAAAGAAAGAGAGAAGGGAUGGCAGGCACAUUUCAAAAUCACAAAAUAAAAAUGACAUUCAUGUUCCUCAGAUUGAAUCAGAAUUGGAAAACAUUUCAUUUAAGUUGAAUGACAUGAAGAGAUACAGACGAUCAGUUGGAUCCAUUGCUGGUUCGUGUAUUACUACUGUGAUCCCUCUACUAGCUUCUCAAAAGCAAGCAGCUACUUUGCUUGCCCUGGAUAUAGUUGAGCAUGGUGUAAUGGCACUGGCCAAAGUGGAAGAGGCUUACAGGCAUGAGAGAGAUACUAAAGAAGUAGUUGAAGAAGUGAUUCGUUCAAGUUCAUUAUAUCGCCUUCAAGAUACUCUUGAUGCCUCUGAUGAAGGGACUGAUGAGAAUAGGUUGCUUCCAGCAAUGAAUAAAAUAUGGCCCUUCUUGGUCGUUUGUAUUCAAAACAAAAACCCAGUGGCUGUUCGAAGAUGUUUGAGUGUGGUAAGCAAUGUUGUACAAAUCAGUGGAGGAGAUUUCUUUUCGCGCCGCUUCCAUAUGGAUGGUUCCCAUUUCUGGAAACUCUUGUCCACUUCACCAUUCCAUAGAAAGUCCAAUGUAAAAGAAGAUAGAAUCUCUUUACAACUCCCCUACAGAAGCAUUUCCAGUUCUUCAGAGGACUCUGUGGCUGAAACUUCCAAUCUGAAAGUCCAAGUUGCUGUGCUCAAUAUGAUUGCUGAUUUGUCCCGGAACAGAAGAAGUGCUUCAGCACUGGAAGUUGUUCUAAAGAAGGUCAGUGGUCUUGUGGUGGGGAUUGCUUGUAGUGGUGUUGUAGGGCUUCGCGAUGCAUCCAUCAAUGCCCUUCAUGGACUUGCUUGUAUUGACCCGGAUCUUGUUUGGCUUCUUCUAGCUGAUGUUUAUUACUCUAUGACAAAGAAAGACAAACCUUCACCACCCAUCUCAGAUUUCCCGGAGAUCGCAGAGAAUCUACCCCCACCGUUGUCUCCGAAGGAAUACCUUUAUGUGCAAUAUGGAGGGCAGAGUUAUGGUUUUGAUGUUGACUUCUCUUCUGUAGAAACUGUUUUCAAGAAACUGAUGCAUUUUCCGGAAUUUUCUUACCAAAUGUACCGUUAGUUAUUACACAAUUUGUGAAUAUAUAUAAUCUUUGAAAUUCUCAUUGCUAUUGAUUGUGUUCCUGUUUUUUUAUAGCAUAUUGUUUUUCCUUUAUUUUUUUAUUUUUUUGUGUUGUCCCUUUUUUUUCUCCCUGGCAAAUGAGCCUUGUAAUUUUGUGAAUAUAAAAUUACAGGCUUUUCUAUACACGGUUAAAAAAGUCAAUUGUAACACAUCCAAAUUGUGGCUCAGGAGUAGGUUCGUAUAUCAUAGAUGUUCAUAGAAAGAAAUACUGAAAAAUUUUCAUUUGGAUGAUUUUGUUUGUCAGAUAAUUUUUCAUACAAAAUAGUAUGCCUUGUUUGGCAUAGUAAAUGCUUAUUUACGUGUACUUUCUAAAAAGCUAGUCUUUAUUAAUUUGAGUUAGAAUGCAAGAAGCUGCUUUUGAAAAUCAAAAAUAUUUUUUGAAAAUUAGCUGAACAAUAUUAUAAAUAGCUUUAAGCCUUGAAAGUUAGAAGUAGCUGAUUCGAAACAGAGCCUAAGUAAUAAAAUAGGAGAGGAGGAAAGAUCAAAGAUAGAACACAAGCAUAGUACAAUUAUCCAAAUUUGAACAUCAAUAUAAACUCAUACAAUAAUUAGAGUUCGAAUUCCUAUAUUCCAAUAUAAAAUGAAGGUUGAGUUAUCAAUUUUUGAAGGAGAUGAAUAUGCAGAAAAUAAGGAUCAGAGCCAAAAGUCCAAGCAUCAUUUUGCUCAAACGUCUUUGGAAGGUAGGGACUAGAGAGAAAAAUAAAGUGGGAAAUAUAUUUCCAUUUAGAACAAUUACUUAGCUUUUUGCAAAAAGACGAAACAACCCUUCUACUAUAGGUUAGGUUAUUUGUACUUUACGAAUAUGGCAGGGACUGUUGGGGGAAAAGAGUAUUUUAAAGUUGGGGAACUGGGGCCGGAUACCAAAUAUUGUAUUCUUAAGAUGAUGUUUUGUAAAUAAAAUAAGUGAAUAUAGCGAGAAAACAGAAUUUGUUUUAAUAUCACAGCCUACUAAAUUACAUGAAAAAGUUGAUUGCGUUGGUUCAGUUCCAAAUUAUGGGGAGCGAUAGGAAAUCCGAGAAGAAGAAUAGGAAGAGAAGCUCUUAUUCAGCCUCCGAAGAAGAAGAUGAGGGCAGAAGCAAGAGGCAGAAAAGAAGCGUAGAAGACGAGGAGAGGAAACACAGGAGUGGUAAGAAAGACAAGGAAAGCUCUCAUAAGCACUCCAAAAGACGUCUUGCCCGUAAAGAGAAGAAAUCAAAGGAUAAGCAGAAAGAUAAACAUCGCAAGGGUGAUGGACACUUGUUUUCUGGGGUAAGGUCCUCUUGAAUGGCUUACUAGUUCCUUCCUUCCCAAUCAAUGCUAGCACCUUUGGGCAAGUAAAGAGAAUGCUUGGUAAUAGGACUGUAGGAGCUCAGUAGGUGGGCCGGUAGCAUGCAUGCCAAUGAUAGCUGUCCAACCCCUGUACCCUCCAGGGGUAGUUACAGAAGAACAAGUUCCUCUGACAGGGGAUGUUAAAGAAUUACAACUUCCACGAGCUGUCCAAUGAUGACUAUUUCUCAAAGAACAAUGAGUUUGCCACAUGGCUGAAAGAAGAAAAAGAUGUGUUUUUUUCUGACUUAUCAUCAGAGUCUGCCCGAGAAAUGUUUUCUGACUUUGUCAAGGCUUGGAACAACCAAACACUUGAAUCCCAAUAUUAUGAAGGCAUUGUAAGCGGACCCAGGAGUGCUCAUAAGUGGAAAUUCAAAGCAUGAAAGGCUGCAGCUUGUAAUCACUUUUGUUUUGCUUAUGGUUUUGUAUUUAGUGUACUUUUGGUCUAUUUAAUGUUACUUUCGUUCUAAUUAGUGUACUAUCUUUUGGUAUCUUCAAUUCAUAAGAGAAAAUCAAAAUCUCAAACAAUGAAAGAUACUUCUUAUUGAAUUAGUAAUAUUGACUAGUAUAUUCAAGUA